GUGAGUUGGGCUGUUGGAGCAGGUGCUGCUUGCUGCAUGCGCCCCACACGGGGUGUCUGGACCCCACACGGCUGCAGCAGGAGCAGUGGCAGCAGAGGGUUGAGUGGCUGCGUGGGGAGAUGUGGUGAGACGCCCGGGCAGGAAGUGGGGUGGGGAGCUCCGCUGAGCUGUGCACAAGGGCACCUCUGAAGGUGCCAGAGCCACUGGGCCUGCUCCAGGCGGGGCCGAGGAGGAGCCGCCGUGCGCGGGGACUUGGCCUAUCUGUGGCUUCACAGGAUGGGGCCACAGGUGCCCUCAGCCCCUCCUGCCCUCUGGGUCCUAGGGUGCCUUGCCUUGUUCCUCUGGCUGUGGACACUGUGCACAGCUUGCCACAGGAAGCGGGCGCAGAGGCCGCAGGCCAGGCCCCAGCGUUGUGUGAUGCCAGUGGAAGCGUCACUGCUGAGACACCACCACCUCUGCUCCCUCAGCAAGUCAGACACCAGGCUGCAUGAGCUGCACCGGGGCCCAAGAGGCUGCAGAGCCCCUCGGCCUGCCAGCAUGGAUAUCCUGCGCCCACCAUGGCUGGAGGUGUCCAGAGGCACCAGCAGACCGCUGGCAGCCUUCUCACACCGGGAACUGCCCCGGCCAACGACUGCUGCCACCUUGCCCUCCAUCUGCCCCGAGGCCACCUAUUCCAAUGUGGGGCUGGCUGCCAUCCCCAGGGCCAGCCUGGCAGCCAGCCCUGUGGUGUGGGCAGGGGCACGGCUGACCAGCAGCUGUGCCAGGCCUGGGCCUGAGGCCAGACCCAAGGUGGCUGAGUAUGCUUGUAUCCAGAAGCUCAAGGGAAGAGAUCAAGGCCCCCAAAGCCUGGGGCAGUGGAUGGCCGAGGUGACCCCAGCUGUUCAGGUGGACAGCCUGUACUCCAGGGUCAGGAAGCCUAAAAAGAGGGACCUGGGACCUGCCACAGACCAGCUGGACCCCAAGGGCAGAGGAGGAAUUCCAGCUCCGGGAAGUGACCAGGCCUACGAGACCCUCCCACUCAGGGGCCUGGCUAUGGAUGAUGGCCUCCUGGACAAUGUGUAUGAGACUAUCCAGGAAAUGGGGGCCCCGGAGCACCCCGAGCUCUCUGGCUCUAGCUGUUAGCCUAAGUGGACAGAGGCAGGGCACGGAGGCUCCCUGCUUCCCCAGUCUCAGCCUAGGGAGGGGUGUCCAACCCCCAUCUGCCUUGAACAACCAAGUAUAGAUGUUUUCUCCUUCCACGGCAGUGCCCAACCCCUGUUCCCUGCCCCUCCCCCACAGGCGGCUGCGCAGUCUGGACCCCAAGGCUUCUAGCCUGUGAGGUCCCUGGGGGUCCCGCCUGCCAUGGCCUCUUGGCCUCUCCCAAGGUCUUAAUAAAUGCCCAGCACGGGAAGGAUGAAUACA